AUGGCCGAAUCAAUUGAAUCAGUUUCAAUAGGAUUCAAACUCGAUGUGAAAAAAUUUCCUAUUUGGUCCAAACUCAUGCUCGUUGCCGUCGGCAGCCAAGACAAAUUGGACCAUCUUGAGGGGGACACCAUUCCUCCCAAGUCCAACGAUCCAAAAUUCAAAGAAUGGCAGGCCGCCGACUACACGGUCUUCUCAUGGCUCAUCCAAAACAUGGAGCCCCGACUCGUCAUGCACUUUGCGCAACAUCAGACGGCCAAUGCUAUGUGGAAGAGCUUGGUCACAACCUUCGGCGUGAGGGCCGAUCGAGUCCAAAUCUAUGAUCUCGAAACGACAACAAUCAAGACAAUUCAAGGAGAUAACACACUCGAAUUCUACUGGGGAGAACUCCAGAAACACUGGGUCAAUUUUGAUGCAAGAAAACCAUGUCCCUACACCUGCUGUGACAAGAAAGUCGAAAUUUACAUGAAGGAGACGGUUAUUCAAAGGUUACACCAGUUUCUCGGUGGCCUCAAUGACAAAUACGGCAGCCUUAGGCGAGAAAUCCUCAAGCUUAGGGAUGAUACAACAGCCGAAGAAGCUUUUGGCAUCGUCAAACAAGAAGAAGGGCGGACCGCAGUUUGGAACCCAUCGGUCAAACCGACGCUGACUCAGGGGAGGCUGGAAUUGGAGCCGGUUUUGGAGUCCGAUUCAGGCAACCGACGCCACCCACUCAGAACAGAACAUUCGCUCCACCCCACACCCUGUGACCACCAACUACCACAACCACACGGAUAUCCCCACAAUCGGACACCUUAA